CAGACUCACUGAAUGAGAAGACAAACCCUUGGAACGGGACAGUCCACAGAGCUCCAGGUCUUACAGACCCCUUUACAGUAUGAGAGACGGUCCGUAAAAGAAGUUGCUGGUGCUUCAGUCAACGAAGCCACUUCGGGCUGCAUUGGCGGGCUGGAAGGCUAACGGUUCACAGGACAGAGCUUCAGGAGUGUCUCGUGGAUGAACAACGCCUGGGCCUCUUAAGAGGUAUCACAGAUGGCAGAAAGAAAAGCUGCUGGCACCUCCAGAGCUGCCCGCCGAAGACGCUGGUGGCAUUUGAGACAGAGAUGGAGGAUGGUCGGGGUGUUUGAGGUCAACCAAGACAACGAGUUCUACCAUCUGACAUCCAUGAUUAAAGAAGGCAUGCAUGCUUCCAUCCAGACCACUAUGGACACACCAGGCCAGGAUACGCCUGCAGCUGAAGAUGUCAAGGUAGAGCAAACUCAUGAGGGUUUUAAGAUGCAGACAUUUGCAGCAUCAGUGUUUGCUAAACUGAGGCGUUCACUGGACAUCACAGAGGAGGAAUAUAUGAACUCCCUCUGCUCAGAUAACUGCUACCUUCAGUUUGUCAGUAACUCCAAGAGCAAGGCAGAUUUCUUCAUCACGAAUGACAAGAGAUUCUUCCUAAAAACCCAGAGCCGACGCGAGGUGAGAUUUCUCCUGUCCAAUUUGGAGGCAUACAUGGCCCACUUGGAGAAAUACCCUCAUUCACUGAUGGUGAGGUUUCUAGGUGUCCACAGGAUUGUUAUUCCUAAUCAAAUGAAGAAGUACUUCAUUGUGAUGCAGAGUGUGUUUUACCCGGAUGAGAGGAUCAAUAUUAGAUACGACAUUAAAGGCUGUGAGGUGGGGAGAUGGACUAACCCUGACACGGGGGGGAAACAAGUACUGAAAGUACUGAAGGACAAUAACUUUGAAGGGCAGUCCAUUGCAUUAGGUCAAGAAACAGACUGGUUUGCCAAUCAAGUGAAAGUGGAUGCUGCCUUCCUCCGUGGGCUCAAUGUGCUGGACUAUAGCCUCCUGCUGGCCCAUCAACCUCUGCACAGAGAUGAGCUGGAAGGGAAACACUCUUUGGCAAACCUUGUUUUACGCACCACAAAGUCUGUGGAUCUAGUUGACAGUCCCACAGAGUCAAACCCCCCCACCAUUCCAUUACUGAAAGAGGGUGAGGUCACAUCAGAUACUACAGGCUGCGGGUUAGGCCAGCCACUGGCAGCAGCUGAGGGUCCUGAUGAAGGGAUUCCCCUCCAGGAGAUAAACUUGCCAACGAAAGAAACCAGCACGGACACAGAAAUGCAGGAAUUUCUUGAGCAUCAUCGUAGGCUACUGCCUAACUGCAAAAAUGCAAUUCAUGUGAUAGAUGGGCCAGAUCGUCGUCACUUUGUGGGCAUUAUAGACAUUUUUACUGUCUACGGCUGGAAGAAAAAACUGGAGAAUCUGUGGAAAAAUCUCCGCUACCCAGGCAGGGAUUUUUCCACAGUCCGCCCCACCAAAUAUUCACUCAGAUUCUGCCAGUGGAUUCAGGACCACUCUCAGUGACAACAUUAGGAAAACAUUCAGCACUGACCUAACCCACAGUUUCCACAGAUUAGCCCUCGUUGUUGCACUCUGGUUCUGUCAUGACGAUGUGAUCGCGAUGGCUCAACCAGAAUGAGAUUAGUGGACAGUGAUGAAGUGUUUGUAUAGAAGUAGUAGCCUUGUGUGUAACACAGCUGGGUUGUGGCAUAGGCAAUAUAGAUAAUGGGGUUCCAGGGUACUGUAGGGGGUGGUUUAAAUGAAUAAAUAGACAAAUAAUUGAAACCUUGUAGUGAUAUUAGCAGAUUUUGGAGAGGAACUCCCCUUGUUAUUAGUGUAUUAUGUAUACUUGCUCAGACCCUCCUUUCAAGUCUUUCAGUUGAGUUUGCCCCUUUGUUUUUAGACAUAUACUGUGUUUUAUGCAUCUGGAAAUGUACACAAAAUACAACUUUAAAUACCUUUAAAACUCCAAUGGUUUAUUCCUACUAAAUUCCUUCACAUUUAGUCAUUUAAUUACCCGCAGCCAUUACACAGCAGCAGGUACAAGCUGUCUACAGAAGAUGUUUCAGUCAUCAGUCUUCCCUCUCAUGCUGAGCGAACAGAUAUUAUAUAAAUUGGCACUUCUCCAUUUACCAAGUACCUUGGUUUGAGUGAGUUCUAACCUUUAAAGCAUGAUAUAAUGGGCUGUGGCUCUGUGACUCCAGGUCCACAGUGCUAAGCCUUCUUUUAUCUUUAAGGUUCAUAGCGUCCACAGCCCUCAAAUCCAUGUUCUUCUUAGCAUGCUUUCUGAAUUCACCACCACCACCAGCCCUUCAUGACACGCAAGCUUAUUCAAUAUUUCCCUCCACUCCCCAGAUAUCUUAGAUUCAACCUCAAACAUAACAAAACCAAACAGGUUGGACCUCCCCAUUUCCCUCUUUUGUUCAUAUUGGAGCCCUUUCAAAUCUGUUUGAACAUACAUAAACCAGAGGUUUGCCCACCAUGCUUCUGGUUCUUUUUCCAUCACCAUCUCAGUCAAGUUCUUCAGUCAUUCUGCAUUGAAGAUGAUACAACCGCUUCCAGACAUGGGAUUCCAGACCACACUGUCAAGGUCCUUGGUCGCUGGUCUUCCCAAGCCUACCAUAGUUACAUCUACAUCCACCUCAGCUCCAAAGAGCCCACGCACACCUCGUCCAAUAAAACAUUUUGGGGGAUGAUGAAGCACAAAGCUCAUCAGGAUGUGAACAUGUGUACCCAUUAAAUCCAAAUAAAAAU